GAGAGCCCUGGCUGGCGGGGCGGCCACCGGACCGGCAUGGCCGCGCCCUCCCCUUUUCCCCAGCAGCUGGUGCAUCUGGACCUCAAGGGAGCCCCACCGAGGGUCUCAUACCUGGCAGAGAUCUUCCCUCUCUUCCGCGCCCUCGGGGCAAGCGGCCUGCUAGUGGAGUAUGAGGACAUGUUCCCCUAUGACGGCCCCCUGCGACUGCUGCAGGCCACCCACGCCUACAGCCCCUCCGAGAUCCAGGAGAUCCUACUCCUGGCCCAACGGCAUGAGCUCGAGGUCAUACCCCUGGUGCAGACCUUCGGACACAUGGAGUUCGUCCUGAAACACAAGGAGUUCUCUCACCUGCGGGAGGUGGAUGCGUUCCCCAACGCGCUGAACCCCCACCAGGAGGAUUCGCUGGUGCUGGUCGGCACCAUGAUUGACCAAGUGAUGGCGCUGCACAGAGGCGCCCGCUGGUUCCACAUCGGGUCCGAUGAGGUGUACUACCUCGGUGAAGGGGAGGCCUCAAGGCAGUGGCUGCAGCAGGGGCAGAACGACGUGGCAAAGCUGUGCCUGACGCAGGUGGCGGCAGUAGCCCGGAGGGUGCUGACCGCGCACCCGGCCGUGAAGCCCAUCGUGUGGGAUGACAUGCUCCGGGGCAUCGGUGAGCAGAGCCUCACAGAGUCAGGGAUCGCCCAGUUGGUGGAGCCCAUGAUCUGGGACUACGUGGCUGACCUUGAUGUGGAGGGCAAAGUGGCCCUCAUGGAGAAGUACCAGCGCUGUGGAUUCACCAAGCUGUGGGCGGCCAGUGCCUUUAAAGGGGCCACCGGAGUCAACCAGUCACUGACGCCCAUCGGCCACCACCUUAGAAACCAUGUCCAGUGGCUGAAGGUUGCAGACCGUGGACCCGUGGGCAUGCUUCAAGGCAUCGCGCUGACCGGCUGGCAGCGGUACGACCACUUCGCCGUGCUGUGUGAGCUGCUGCCUGUGGGGAUCCCUUCCCUGGCCGUGUGCCUGCAGACGCUCCAACACGGUAUGGGAGGCUAUUCUGAAAAGGUCAAGGAUGUGGCAGGAAAACUCUUGGGAACGUCAAAUCUGGAAGUUGAUGUUUUCAUGAGGGAUGAUCUCGGGACCUUUCCUGGCAGCGAUGUCCUCGCUUUGGUGACCCAGAUCAGCUUCCACCUGCGGUGCUCCGUGGAAGAGCUGCUGGAGAGGAACAGGUAUGUGACAGGCUGGUUCAGCCCCUUCCAUCGAAAGAGGAAGCUGAUUCAUCCCGUCAUGAUACAGCACUUCCAACCAGAGGCGCUAAGCCUUCUGGCCCAAUGGGAGGCGGUCCGGCAAGAGCUGCAAGUGGCCCUGGAGCGAAUCCUGUACCCGGAUGCGGUGGAAGAGUGGAUGGAAGAGAAUGUCCACCCCCUGAUCCAAAGGCUCCAGGAUCUGCUGCGGGACUUGGACAGAGCAAUGGAGGCAACAGACACCUGAGCCCCGGAGCUGCCUGGCUCAGACCAAAUCCGGGAGACUGCGGCCGGUCGGUCCCGAGGCCCAGUGCUGGCCAGGGGCUGACCACCCCAGUUCCGGUGCCCACUCUGCGAACAUGUUGGGGAAUGCAGACCCUUGGACCCUUUCAAUGAGCCAGCCAGCCAUGAUGCCAGACUCUGAGUACAGAGUUGGUGGGGGAAUGGAGGGAGGGAGGGAGGAAGGUUGGGCUUGACCCAGGUGUUGUGAUCUGCCUCCUGGUUGGGAUCUGGGGAAGUAAAACCACUAAUCCGGA